AUGGCUUCCCCUGACAUUGUGGGGCUGUGGGAAUUCGCACAGGGCCAUGCAAAGCCUCUGGAACACUCGCUGACCACUGACCGGACGACGACGACAAUCCAGCGAUUGGUUGUAGAUCACUUCCACUCGAAGCUUCACCUGUUGCCAUCGAGUGCAGACGUGUACGACCAUUCUGAUGAUUGUACUCUAUCACUGCUCACUCAGAGCGUAAAAAUCAAUAAAGUGUACGAAUACAGUUGGUCAGCACAUCCACGUUCAAUGCCUAACGCAGUGGACAUGAGGCAGGCGCAUGGGAUGGGUAGCUUGUCGCUGCUUCUACGAACACCUCGGCUUGGAAUCGGCCGAGUUACGAACACUAACACGUUCAUGAUUCGGAAACCUUCAAAAACAGAUGGCAUGCCUCAGGACUGCCGUCUUCUGACCAAUGGUCAACAAGCGUUCCCGCGGAUUUGCGCAGCUCUGUACGAAUUCCCACAGGCCAACAGUAUCAAUGGUGGUCAUUUUGAAGCGACCGGUUCACAACGCCACUCGAUGGCAAGACAAGGGAAGGGAAGUCGCGACUGA